AAACAAAACAAAACAUAAUAAUAGUCUAUAGAUGAGUGCGUUACUUCUUUUUUGGGCGGCAAAAGUGACUCUUUCCCGCUCAUCUGCGACCGUUUAAGCUUUUCUAGUCCUUAUUACAGUGUUAGUGUGAAGCAAGACAAACUUUCCCUCUCUCAAGACACACACACUCUUUGAAGUUUCAAUGGCGACAGAGUACGAACGCAAAAGACUGGAGAACAUUAGACGGAACGAUGAGAUGAUGGCUUCUCUCAACGUCCACGCCAAAGCUUCUCUCCUCUCCGCCUCAACCAAACGCUCCCGAGACCACUCUAAAUCACUCAAGAAGCAGCAGCAGAAGAAGAAGGAAUCCGAAGCCCCCAUUGAACGACAGUCUCUACGCACCAGAGGCUUAACCCCAGAUUCCGAUGGCUUACCCCACGGUGUUUCAGAGUGUCCGAAAGGUCUCCCUUUUCCCCAAUACGUAUCUCUUCGUGUAUUAGCUCCUCUUCCUCUAGAUGAUGGAGAUGGCUCCCAUUCUCAGUUCGUUGAUACUCUUUCCGGUAUUACCAGAAAACCCAACGGAGAAACUUCAACGGUUACCGAGAAUGAUGAUGAUAGUUUUGAUCUUGGAUCCUUGUGUUUAGAACCACAUGAUGUAAAACGUGUUGUGCCUGAGAGAGUUCUGGUUGUAAAGUUCUUACCUUGCGAGGGUGUUAAGCUGGUUGCUGCAGGAGACAAGGAUGGGAACGUUGGCUUUUGGAAUCUUGAUUGUCAGAACGAGGAAGAGGAUGGUGGUGUAUCUCUCUUCAAGCCUCACACUUAUUCAGUUACAUCUCUUGUCUUUCAACAAAACUCUUUCUCAAAGGUUAUUACCAGCAGCUACGAUGGUCUAAUCAGGUUGAUGGAUGUUGAAAAGAUGGUUUUUGAUCUGGUUUAUUCGCGGGACGAGUACGAGCCUAUACAUUCCCUCUCUCAGAGACCAAACGAUGAGCAAAGCUUGUACUUUGGUGGAGGAGAAGGGAUGUUCAAUGUAUGGGAUCUCCGAGCAGGGAAGUCAGUUUUCAACUGGGAGUUACAUAAAUACAGGAUACACACUGUUGACUUCAACCCGCGAAACCCGCAUCUCAUGGCUACAAGCUCUCAAGAUCGUACUGCUUGCCUUUGGGACUUGAGGACCAUGGGAGCCAAGAAACCAAAAGCACUGGCGACUGUAGAUCAUGCCAAGGCUGUGUACUCUGCUUACUUCUCACCUUCUGGUCUCUCACUUGCAACUACAAGCCGUGACAACUAUGUUGGUGUUCUAAGUGGGGCUAACUUUGAGGAUACUUCCAUGAUCUAUCACUGUAAUAACACUGUUCGUAAGAUCUCCAGUUUCAGGGGGGUAUGGGGUUGGGAUGAUUCAAAUAUCUUUGUCGGCAAUGUGGCAAAAGGAAUUGGCGUCAAUCAGACAAAAGGAAUUGAUGUGAUCUCUACAAAACUAAAGCGAACAGUGAAGAAGCUGCAGAGCCCUCUUGUGAAAGAUGUUAUAAGCAGACUCCACUGCCAUCCUCUUAAUGUUGGGAUGCUUGCUGGUUCCACAGCUGGAGGACAUGUCUAUGUUUGGACCACAAAGUAGCAUAUACUUCAACCAUUCUCAAAUCACAUUUUUGUAAUCAGCAUGAGGGUUUCUUUUGUUUUGGGAGCAUGUCUUGAAGGUUUCUUUGUGUUCCACAACAAUCUCUUUUCAUUGUCUCUUGGAAAAUCGCAAGUGUCUCU